CCAACUGUUGCACCUUCAGCUCACCUUACAGCACACAUAUUAUAAGGGACAACCACCUUAUGCAUUAUUUUAUUUUAUUUAUUUAUUUUGAAAAAACCUUAAAGAGAUGAGAUCCUCCUCCACCACCACCACAAUCACCGAAAAUUAAUAUCAUCAAUGGAAAAUGUUCGACACGGAAUAGUCCAUUCGCGGUACAAAGGUGAGUCGGGUGGACUAGACUACCUUUUUUUGUAUUGUUUUUACGAGAAAACCAGAAAUGCCAAAUAAUCAUCGAGGCUGCCUUAGAGGAAAAAAAAGGACACGUGAGAAAACGACAGACUGAAGUGAAAUGUAGAGAGUGUUCAAGCAGAUUUGGGUUAGAGAACGGCGUUUGGAGAUGCCGUGGUAACAGUGGUAUAACCUGCGUGAGCCGGAGAGCGAGGGGGGGCUCCGCUCACUUUUUUUCAAACACGGACGGGGAAGAAGACAGCAAACACCGCAGGGUUCAAUACCGUCUCCGCUGUGACUCCUCUGUGAUGCUCGUCGCGCUUUCAACAUGUCCACGAAAGCAGAACAGUUUGCCUCUAAGAUUCGAUACUUGCAGGAGUAUCACAACCGUGUUCAACACAAUAUUUACCCUGUGCCGUCUGGGACGGACAUUGCAAACACACUGAAAUACUUUUCUCAAACCCUGCUCAGCAUCCUGUCCCGUACAGGCAGGAAGGAGAGCCAGGAAGCUUCCAAUUUGGCCGUGCCCAUGACCAUGUGUCUUUUUCCUGUGCCAUUCCCACUCACCCCAUCUCUAAGACCACAAGUCAGUUCCAUCAACCCUACAGUUACUCGCUCCCUCCUUUACAGCGUUCUGCGGGACGCCCCGGCCGACCGGGGGGGGACCGCCCAGCAGAGUCGGGACGCUCAGCUCUCAGAGUACCCUUCUCUGGACUAUCAGGGGCUUUAUGCUACCCUCGUCACCUUGCUUGACCUGGUGCCCCUGCUGCAGCACGGUCAGCAUGAUCUGGGGCAGGCCAUAUUUUACACGACAACAUGCCUACUACCCUUUCUCAGCGAUGAUAUUCUCAGCACUUUGCCCUAUACUAUGAUCUCCACCUUAGCCACCUUCCCUCCCUUCCUACACAAAGACAUCAUAGAAUAUCUGAGCACGUCUUUCCUUCCUAUGGCUAUAUUGGGUUCAACUCGGAGAGAAGGAGUUCCUGCAUACGUCAAUCUCUCUGCUUCAUCUAUGCUAAUGAUUGCUAUGCAGUAUACCUCAAAUCCAGUGUACCACUGUCAGCUUUUGGAGUGCCUGAUGAAGUAUAAACAGGAAGUGUGGAAGGACCUUCUGUACGUAAUAUCCUAUGGCCCAUCCCAAGUAAAACCUCCUGCUGUUCAAAUGCUUCAUUACUGGCCUAAUCUCAAGCCUCCAGGUGCUAUUAGUGAGUACAGGGGGCUCCAGUACACAGCCUGGAAUCCCAUUCACUGCCAACAUAUUGAGUGUCAUAAUUCAAUUAAUAAGCCAGCAGUGAAGAUGUGCAUCGACCCAACUCUCUCGGUUGCUCUGGGAGACAAGCCUCCUCCUCUGUAUAUCUGUGAAGAAUGCAGUCAGAGGAUUGCAGGAGACCAUGCAGAGUGGCUGGUUGAUGUGCUCUUACCUCAAGCUGAAAUAUCUGCUAUUUGUCAGAAGAAGAACUGCAGCUCUCAUGUGAGACGGGCUGUUGUCACCUGCUUCUCGGCCGGCUGCUGCGGUCGGCAUGGCAACCGGCCCGUUCGCUACUGCAAGCGUUGCCAUGUCAACCACCACAGCAGUGAGGUGGGUGCUUCAGCAGAGACUCAUCUGUACCAGACUUCUCCUCCCCCUAUAAACACCCGUGAGUGCGGAGCCGAGGAGCUCGUCUGCACUGUGGAGUCUGUCAUCAGCCUGCUAAAAGAGGCAGAGAUCCAUGCAGAGCAGCGGGAGUUUGAGAUGAACCGCCGGCGUCAGAUGGGCCUCUCCACCUCCCACCACUCUCUCGACAACCUGGAAUUUGAUAACAAAGAGGAUGACCAGCAUGAUCAGAGGCUGCUUAGUCAGUUUGGCAUCUGGCUCUUGGUGAGCCUGUGUUCCCCAAGUGAGAACACGCCCACAGAGAGCCUUGCUCGUCUGGUUAGCAUGGUCUUCCAAUGGUUCCACUCCACUGCUUACAUGAUGGAUGAUGAAGUGGGCAGUCUAGUAGAGAAGCUCAAGCCCCAGUUUGUCACAAAGUGGCUCAAGACUGUCUGUGAUGUGCGUUUUGAUGUCAUGGUCAUGUGCCUGUUGCCCAAGCCAGUGGAGUUUGCCAGAGUGGGUGGCUACUGGGAUAAAUCCUGCAGUACAGUUUCACAGCUAAAGGAGGGCCUGAACCGAAUCCUGUGUUUAAUUCCCUAUAACGUGAUUAGCCAGCCACUUUGGGAGUGUUUUAUGCCUGAAUGGCUGGAGGCCAUACGUACUGAAGUGCCAGACAACCAGCUAAAAGAGUUCCGGGAAGUCCUUAGCAAGAUGUUUGAUAUCGAGUUAUGUCCACUGCCUUUCUCCAUGGAGGAGAUGUUUGGUUUCAUAAGUUGUAGAUUUACUGGCUAUCCUGCCUCAGUACAAGAACAAGCCUUACUAUGGCUACAUGUGCUGUCUGAGCUGGACAUCGUUGUGCCCCUGCAGCUUUUGAUUGGCAUGUUCUCAGAUGGUGUGAACUCUGUGAAGGAGCUGGCUAAUCAACGGAAGACUCGAGGCACAGACCUAACAGGAAGUUCUGGGGCCCGAAGGGUGAGUGUGGUGUCAGACCCUGGUAGAAGAGGGCAUAACAACACCCUAAGUCCUUUUCCCAGUCCUUUCCGAAGCCCAUUUCGCAGCCCUUUGCGUUGUAGCCCCUUUAAGAACCUGGGUCAUGCCACAGGGAACUGUGCUCUAGACUUGGACUGUGAUGAUGAUGACAUGAACCUGGGCUGCUUCAUCCUCAUGUUUGAUCUCAUCCUCAAACAGAUGGAGCUUCAGGAUGAUGGAGUGACUCUAGGAUUGGAAGGCAGCCUGGGAAGAGACAUUGUGGGGAUCAUUAACAGUGUGUUUCAGGCUCCCUGGGGUGGCGCACACACCUGCCAGAAGGACGAGAAGGCUAUGGAGUGCAGCCUGUGCCAGUCCAGCAUCCUCUGCUACCAGCUGGGCUGUGAGCUACUCCAGAGACUCACACCUCCUGAGGAGAUAUGCCUAGUGGAGCCUGCAGACGGUCUUGAGGAGAGUCUGGUCUUUCCGAGAUCUGAACAAUGCCUCAAAGCUGAGAAUAGCACAGAAGAGGGGGCAUGCCAGGACAACCCUGUCAACCAGAGUGAAUCCUUUGAUAAUCAGCCUUUAAAGAAUAACACUGAAAGGAAAUUUUCAUAUCAGCAGCUUCCAGCUUCUCUUAGGCUUAUUUAUACCAUACUCCAGGAGAUGGCUAAGUUUGAGGAGCCUGACAUCCUCUACAACAUGUUGAACUGUGUGAGGAUUCUGUGUUUGCAUGGGGAGUGUCUGUAUCACGCCCGCAAAGACCACCCUCAGUUUCUGGCCUACAUCCAAGAGAAGAUGCUUAUUCCCAGCCUGUGGUCCAUGCUGAAGUCUGAGUUCUGCCAGCUGGCCUCCCUAGCAGUUCCUCAGCUGCUCCAUGCUCUCUCGAUGUCCCAUGGAGCUGAUAUUUUCUGGAAAUUGGUGGACAACAGUUUUAACAACAAGGACUGGAAGAUUCGUUUUGAAGCAGUGGAGCGAGUUGCAGUGUUGUGUCGCUUUCUGGACAUUUGCUCAGUAAACAAGAGCCACUUGCUGAAGUACUCACUGGCUCAGGCUUUCUGCUGCUUUCUGGCUAGUAUCGAGGACGUCAACCCUGCUGUGGCCACCAGAGCCAGGCUACUAUUAGACACCCUUAAACGACCAUCACUGCAGGGCCUGUGUCUGUGCCUGGACUUCCAGUUUGACACAGUCGUGAGAGACCGUCCUAUAAUCCUAAGCAAAUUGCUUUUGCUGCACUCAUUAAAGCCGGAUAUCCCUGCACUGAGCUGGGAAUUCUUCGUUAAUCGUUUUGAGACGCUGUCCCUUGAGGCUCAGCUACACCUAGACUGCAACAAGGAAUUUCCUUUCCCUACCACCAUCACUGCAGUGCGAACUAAUACAGCCAAUCUGAGCGAUGCAGCCAUGUGGAAGAUCAGACGAGCUCGUUUUGCACGUAAUCGGCAGAAGAGUGUCCGUUCACUCAGAGACAGUGUGAAAGGAACAUCUGGCUCGAAACGUGCCUUUUCUCUGCCCGAGACAUUUUGCACCAAGCUGCCGCUAAAGCUUACAAGACAGGAGCAUUCGGCACCCACACUUGGAGAUAUGCUUGAGAAAGUCUUACCAGCACAUCUGCCAGCUCAAAGCUCUCCUCCUGAGGAUGACUCAGGCAUUAAGGACCUCCUCCCAGAGGACACUGGCAUAGACCACCAGACUGUUCACCAGCUCAUUAUGGUACUUAUGAAGUUCAUGGCAAAGGAUAAGAGCAGUGCAGAAGCUGACAUUGGCAGUGCCAAAGCCUUUAAUACGGUCAAGAGGCACCUGUAUGUAUUACUAGGCUACGAUCAGCAGAUCGGCUGUUUUAUGAUCGCACCUCAGAAAAUGCGUUCCUCCACCUGCUUCAACGCAUUUAUUGCUGGCAUUGCACAGGUGAUGGAUUACAACAUAAGUUUGGGGAAGCAGUUGCUGCCUCUUGUGGUCCAGGUGCUGAAGUACUGCACAUGCCCUCAGCUUAGACCUAAUUUCCAGGAGGCACCACGCUGUUCACUUUGGGCUCUGAGGCCACACAUCAGGCAGAUGUGGCUUAAAGCUUUACUUGUCAUUCUCUACAAGUACCCAUACAGAGACAUGGAUGUAAGUAAAGAGGUUGUGCUGCACCUGAUCCACAUCACCAUCAACACUCUAAAUGCACAAUACCACAGCUGCAGACCUCAUGCAUCAGCUGGCCCACUCUACAGUGACAACUCCAACAUUAGCCGCUAUAGUGAGAAAGAAAAAGAGGAAGAUAGUGUGUUUGAUGAAUCCGAUAUCCAUGACACUCCCACUGGAGCAAGCAACAAGGAAUCACAGACCUUUUUUGCUAGGCUUAAGAGGAUUGGAGGCAGCAAGUCUGUCAAGUAUCAGCCUGUGGACCUCAAUGCUCAAAGAAGUGAGAUUGAAUUGGCAGAGUACAGGGAGGCAGGAACCCUACAGGACAGUCUGCAGCAGGCAGCACGAGAAGAGAGCAGCAGCAAGAAAAAACGACUACAGGCCAUGCACAAACAGAAAUCUCUUGACAUUUCCAACACAGACUCCAUCCUCUUCAACCUUGAUGAACACCGACGUAAAUCCUGCAUUGACCGUUGUGAUUUGCAUGGGCCUCCGCCUCCACCACCCUCCUGUUCUAGCUCAAUAACCAGACAAUCACGCAGAGAAUGGCGUGCCAAAGAAUCCUCUGAAGGAUCUAAUCUCCAUUUUGAUAACAUCAGGCCUGUUAUUCCAGAAGUGCGUCUGAGCUGUAUGGAGACUUUUGAGGAUAUAUCCCUAGGGCUCGAGUCUUCCCUUGUUAUUUCUUCCGACCCUGCUCAUGGUAAAGAAGACGGUGACCUAAUUGAUCUUUCGUCAGAUUGCACUUCAAUACCAGAGAAGCGCUCCAUUCUUUCACUGUCUGACAGUGACUCACUAGUCUUCGAACCCCUUCCACCACUGCGCAUUGUUGAAAGUGAUGAAGACUUGUUUGAGGCACUUUCAAAACCACCAAUUGGAAUGCAGAUUAGAUCUGAACAUCCAUCACCAUCAUCUGCUAGCACUAUUCUACGCCUGUCUCCUCUUGUUCAAGUGAGUGUGGAGGAUUGUUCUAAAGAAAAGACAAAAAAAUCUAGCAGCCCUGCCAAAGAGAGUCCUCUGCAGGCACCUCUGAGUAGAAAUCCCUCAAUAACCCCAACAACUUCUCUGGAUCUCCCAGAUCCCUCAUAUCAUCCUGGUUUAGAGAGUCCCAUGACCCUGAAGCAAAAAAGAGAUCUGUUAAGAAAGUCACCGCAUGUACCAGAUACAUCUGUAGAUGAUGGGUAUCUGGAGUCUGAAGACAAAGCCGGAGGAAGCCCCUCUGGUAAAUCUGUCUACCUCAGCAUCCCUGAGGAUACACUGGAAAGCCUGGACCCACUGAAAGCCAGGAAAGAGAAGGAAGGAGGAGCUAAAAAUGAGGAGGAAAAUUAUGCUGAAGAUGAUGAGGAUACUGGCGAUGAGAGAGAGAGCGAUCCAAAGCCAGAAGAUGAAAGCGACGAGGCUGAGUUUAAGAUUCAGAUUGUACCCCGUCAGCGAAAAGAGAGGAAGAUUGCAGUCAGUGCUAUCCAGAGGGAAUACCUGGACAUUUCAUUCAAUACUAUGGACAAGAUAGGAGAGCAGACCACAGAUUCUGAUCACAAAGCUCUGUCCAAGCUGGAAAAGCCCAGAGAGUCAGCCUCAGCCCCAGCACUCGAAGCCACAAUCCCAGAAACAAGCAACCGCUCCUCAGUAACAACUCAGUACCGCCUGACAAAGCGAGGCUCUCUGGGAGCUGUGACAAUGAGCCAGCUGAUGAAGAGACAGCUGGAGCAUCAGUCCAGUGCACCACAGAAUAUCAGCACUUGGGAUACAGGUUCUUACCCACCCUGUAGAAAAAAACAUUUCCAAAACAGUGUUCACAUUUUCUUUUGAUAUAGACAGACUGAGGAAGUCCUACUGCUAAACAUUAAUGAUUUUGUCUCACCAGGUCUCACCAAAACCAGCCUGUUGUCAGCUCCUAGCACAGUCAGCAUGUUUGUGUCUGCGCCAGAGGACUUUUGUGAUGACCAACCAAUGAAUAUGUCUGACAGGUGUCGAGACUGUGGUGCUGUUUUAGAAGAGUAUGAUGAAGAAACCCUGGCUUUGGCUGUAGUCGUUCUCUCAAUGUUUACCCACCUGAGUCCAGACCUGGCUGCUCCACUGCUCCUCGACAUCAUGCAGUCAGUGGGCAGGUUGGCAUCCAGUGCCAGUUACUCAGGCCAGGCGGAAAGCAUGUUGAUCCCUGGUAACGCUGCCGGUGUAGCUAAGCAGUUCCUGCGCUGUGUGCUCCAUCAGCUCGCCCCCAAUGGCAUCCUGCCACAGCUAUUUCAGAGCAACAUCAAAGAUGGAAGCUUCCUUCGUACACUGGCCACGUCUCUCAUUGAUUUCAAUGAAUUGAGCUCUGUGGCAGCAUUAAGCCAGCUGCUUGAGGGUUUAAACAAUAAGAAGAGUUUGCCUGCAGGGGGCACUAUGCUCCACUGCUUGGACAACAUUGCCACCUUCAUGGAAGCUCUUCCUAUGGACUCCCCUAGUAAUCUCUGGACAACCAUUUGUAACCAAUUCCAAACCUUUCUGACCAAAAUUCCUGCUGUGCUUCCUCUAAAGUAUCCACUGGACUCCAGUUUGAGAAUCAUCAUCUGCUUACUAAAGAUUCCAACUACGAGUGCAACCAGAAGUUUGCUGGAGCCUUCCUCUAAGCUGCUGAGUUUUGUAAUUCAGUAUGGUGUUUUUAGUCUCUCAUACCUUGUUGAACUCUGUGGCCUCUGCUACAAAACCUUCAGUAAGGAAAGAGAUAAGUUCUACAUGUCCCGUGUAGUCGUUCUGGAGUUGCUACAGGCACUUAAGUUCAAGUCGCCAAUUCCUGACACUAACCUACUACUACUGGUCCAGUUUGUAUGUGUCGACAUUGGAACCCGGCUAUCUGAGUCUACCAUCCUCCAAAAACACAUGAUCUCAUUGUUACCUGUGUGCACAACAGCUGCCAUGGAGUGUUUGAGGCAAUACCUAAGUGAGCUGCUGGAUUUUAUUGCAGACAUGCACACUUUGACGAAAUUAAAGAGUCAUAUGAAAGCUUGCUGUCAACCACUUCAUGAAGAUACUUUUGGUGGAAAUCUAAAAGUGGGUUUGGCUCAAGUAGCUGCCAUGGAAAUCAGCAAAGGUAAUCACCGGGAUAACAAGGCUGUGAGUCGCUAUCUGCCAUGGCUUUACCAUCCACCCUCUGCAAUGCAACAGGGGCCCAAAGAGUUCAUCGAGUGUGUUUCACACAUUCGGCAGCUUUCCUGGCUCCUGCUGGGCUCUCUUACCCAUUGUGCAUUGCAUCAGGGUUCGACGUCUUGUAUGCCCAUUCCACUGGAUGCUGGCUCUCACAUUGCAGACCACCUUAUUGUAAUCCUUAUUGGUUUUCCCGAGCAAUCCAAGACAUCCGUGCUCCACAUGUGCUCCCUCUUCCAUGCCUUUAUGUUUGCUCAGUUGUGGACUAUCUACUGUGAGCAAGCAGCUGCAGCACCAGCUGGGCAGAACCAAAACCAGAACGAGUUCUCCUCAAGCGCUAUUCUUACAGGCCUGGAGUUUUGGAGCCGAGUCACACCCAGCAUCCUCCAGCUCAUGGCACACAACAAAGUAAUGGUAGAGAUGGUGUGUUUGCAUGUCAUCAGUCUAAUGGAGGCUUUGCAGGAAUGUAAUUCAACCAUUUUUGUAAAAUUAAUUCCUAUGUGGCUGCCAAUGAUUCAGUCCAGCCUAAAUCACCUAUCUGCUGGUCUCCAGCUGCGUCUCCAGGCAAUCCAGAACCGAGUGAAUAACCAGUGUCUCCAGAGUCCUGCUUCCAGUACUUUUCCCUUUGCCUUGCGCAAAUGGCUGCAGUGUACUCAGUUUAAAAUGGCUCAAGUGGAGAUCCAAUCGUCUGAGGCCGCCUCUCAGUUCUAUCCCAUGUGAUGUAUAGAAGCUUCUGCAAGACCAGCAACAAUCUGUGCCAACUCAAAUGUAGUAUUUUGCAGCAGUGCUUUUGUAUAAAUAUAUAUGUUAUAUGAAUAACAGAAAUAUAUUACAGUCACACUUAAAAGGUGUGAACUGUAAACACCAUCUUCAAGCUCUUACUGUCUGCAUAAUUAUCAUCAUCAUGCAUAAGGGGAGAGACGCUGAAUUAUAAAGUGCCAGAACAGCAGUUUAUGUGAUGCAUACAGGCGCAGGAGUCUUCCUUCUGUGUGUGUGUGUGUGUGUGUGUGUGUGUGUGUGUGUGUGUGUGUGUGUGUGUGUGCGCAAGGAGGGGGGUGUGUUUCAGUUAAACUUUUUAAAUAGUGUGAAUGUUGCACAAUGUAGAGUACACACCUGUAAUAUGCAUCAUCAGAGUAUAUGUGAAAGGUAAUCGUGAGAAUGGUGAUUGAUAUUUAGGGCAUAUAUAUUCAAUUUGUUUAUAAUAUAGUAUGUUUAUUUCAUUAAAAACAAACAAAUAAAAUCAAUAUGUUUUUAA